AUGGCCGGAUCAAAGUACGUCAAGAGUGCAUGUCUCAACUGCAGGCGGAGAAAGGUCAAGUGCGACGGGAACCAUGUUUGUUCCAACUGCGUAACCUCGAAUCUCGAGUGCUUCUACAAUGUUGAUGGUGACAUGCGAAGAUUAUCAACCAAAAAGACAAUCGUGAAUCUCGAAGAACGCAUCGGUCAACUCGAAGGUGUGCUGCGAGAGCACAAUAUCGAACAGCCCCAGCCAACACCAACCUCAGCACCUGGAUCAGCCACCUCCCCCAAACACACAUCUUGUACGUCAGAAGCACAGCCGUGUGCCAGUGCAAACCAAAUCCAGAGUGGCAACCGCAAAGGCCACGAUGAGCGUCAACCGUCAGACCCCAAGACUCCUUCGUUGGCACUCGAGUGCGCAUCGUCGCCGAGCAUUAUCAAGACUGGAUCCUACGACCCGAUAAAGGAUCCGGAUGCCUCGCGCGAAGUUAGAAUGGACCCAGCACCGCCCCCCAGUAUCUCGAACCCAAGCGACCACUUCGUGCUGGUUGAUACACCAGAUUCUCAGCCCGCGCCGUAUCCGAGCUCUCUCCAUACCAAUGUACAAGAUUCUGGAGACGACGACAAUAGCAUAACGGGUAUCCUGUCUGCACGCAUGGGCGCGCUGAGACUUGUUGAGGAUGGGCAACUCCGGUACUACGGACCAACGUCGAAUCUGCAUGUGCAUGCAGAUGGGCUUCGAUCACUCUCCAGUCCGUCAUUCCGCUCCGUGGCGACUGAAGGCAUUGGUGUGCUGCGGAGAUUAGGGUUAGAUCAGGAAGUGCCUUUGGCCCUUGAAACCCACCUCGCGAUGCUCUAUUUCGCUUGGGAAGACCCGGCCAUCCACGUUGUCGACCAAGAGACGUUUUUCGCUGAAAAGCGACGUUGUCUGUUACAAGACACAGGGAGCCCAUACUAUUCCGAAACUCUCAACAACGCCAUUUGUGCCAUGGGCGCCAGCUUAGCAGCCGGAGAAAACCUCUACCUUCCGGAGCCAGCCUCCGAGUUCUUCUCUGCCCGUGCCAAGGCGCUCUUGGAUGUUGAAAUGGACAGCCCUACAGUUGCCACCGUACAGGCGCUGGUCAUUAUGAGUGCCACAGAAGCAGCAUCCACCCGAGAUGCUCGCGGCUGGCUCUACAGUGGCAUGGCAACUCGGCUGAGUGCCGACUUGGGGCUUCAUUUGGACAUGACCAAGCACAUCCGUGACGGGCUCCUCACACCCCGUGACAUGGAGAUACGACAGACAGCCUUCUGGGGAGUCUUUAUUCAUGAACACAUGUGGAAUCUCUAUGCCGGCCGCCCCUGGGGGUUGGGGAUUCAAAACAUAACUAUCCCCAAGCCAGAGGCCGAGCUGGAAGACAAGGAUUGCAAAAUAUGGAAGUCCUAUCCAAGCACUGCUUGGCAACCUCGUGGGCUCGAGUCCGGCGUGCUCUUCCCGGUUCGCGCCUGUACCGCUGCCAAUGCCACACUUUGUGGUUUCAUGCGGCAGAUAAACACUACACUGUAUGCUGGAGAAACCAUGGAGCUGAGCGCACUCGUCGAUUUUCUCAUCAAGACCAAGCAAGAAAUGAUGGAAUGGCAUGCAGGCUUAUCUCCGCUGCUGGGUAUCAGUGACAUGGGGUCAAGCAGAAUCUAUCAUCCUGCCAUUCUUCAACUACAUAUGCAAUAUUAUGCCACCCUCAUCUUUCUAUAUCGGCCAUAUCUCUCAUGCCAGCUGGUAUCUCAGAUGACACCACGGAGUACGCCAGAGAGCCGAUCAGCAAUGCAAAGCGUUCCGAGUGACUGCGUCGCAGCAGCCCACCAGGUAGCUGAGAUUCUCCGAUGCUAUCAGCAACAACACUCGCUCCGGCAUGGGAACGUACAGAUCGUUCACAUAAUUCUCACCGCGUCUCUCACUUUUAUUUACGAUGUCUGCACGCGUAGCUAUGCAGAGUCCCGCCAUUCUCUGAGCGACCUGCAGCUUUGCUGCCACUCACUGGGGGAGAUUGGCCGGUGCUUUGGGAACGCAACACGGGCGUUAGAGGUCGUCAUCCUUGUAAAGAGUGAAUGGCAAAGGGCUGCUGGACCCCGAGGAGGUCAGAAGACUGGGACAAAGCGUCCAAGCUUCAGCAUGUCUGGCAACUCGGAGGAGCUUGACGGAGAUGAUCGGCCCAGGCGAAGACAUCGAACCUCGAUCAUAGACAACGACAGGUUCCAGGCACCCAAUUUCAACAUGCCUCCUCUCUUUACCGAUGAAGGCGUUUUGGGUCUCGAAGACGUGAACAUUGGCAGACCCAAUCUCGAUGCACAAUGCCAGGAUAUGUGGCCCUUCUCGGGCGACGCUGGCUUUGACGUGAACGAAAUGAUGCCGCCGAUCGACUGGUUCAACAAUCAGCUGCUCGAAGGGACCCAUAUACCAACACAAGAUGCGUUGCCUGAAGCUCAGGCAGAAAUGCAGGUUAUUCCAGACGAGCCGAGUGUCGAACCCUCAAACACGGCGUAA